GCGAUGGCGGCCGGGCCUCGGGGCUGCCCCAGCCCCCGGCACCUCGCGGGGAGAGCCCCUCCUGUCCCCCGCCACCCCCGGCCCGCCGGCCGCUCCCCUCGGGCCCUGCCCUUCCCCGGUGCCGUCGCACCGCAGCCCGUACCGGGGGCUCAGCAGUGCAGGGCCGCCGCAGCCCAGGGGGAACGAACCCCGGCAGGACCCGCUGCAGCCGCAGAGGGGUGAGGGUGCGGGGUGAGGCGUACUGAGGGGGCUCAAAGCCGAGCUCACCCCGGGCUGCGGCGGGGACGGACAGGGCGGUCCGACUUGUUCCUGCAAAUCAGACGAAUAAGUAUUUGGCUAUCUCAGAGAUGGCUCAGGAAGAACCCACUGUAGCUGCUUUGAAAGAUAUUCUGUCAGCAGAGAGCCUCUUUAGCAAAAUGUUCUUGUGGGGGCGUGGUGGUUUUAAUAUAAUGUGCUUAGAGCCUGAAAAUCUGUUUCUCAAAAGGCUGGGAAUUAGUCGGGAAAGGAAGGAGAGGAGGAUGCUUCCAGGGAUGAAGCUCAUCAUCCUGCCCCUGUCUCUUGCAGUACAGGACAUGCUCAGCCUGUAGGUUCAGGCCUUAUAGUACUUGGAAACCCUCCCUGCAGAUCAUUUGGAAGACAGGAAGGGCUUGAAUGUGGCAUUUGCACUGUCUCAAAGAAGAGUCUGUCAGUUCACUAGUGUGAUUUUAUAUUUGUCUGUGGAACAGAUUGUUAGCCCUGCCUGCCAUUGGUGGGGGAAGGAUGCAGUGUUGUCCAUCUUAAUCCUUUAUAACCUCAAAACUAGUUUGAGGCCAUUCAAGCCUUUCCUGGUGUCCAAAAGUGAGUAUACAUCUGAGGAGAGAAAAUAAAAUGGAAUUGUUCUUUUUACUUAAGGCUUGCAGCAAAAAGGACAGCCCAGUGUCCCCCAGGCCCCUGGCUCUGGGCCCGGUGCUCCCGGCGGGAUGGAGAGCCUGGGGCUGCCAGCAGUGACCCUCAGGGACGGCACCACGGCCUUCCUGCAGCAGGCUGCCAGAGGUGAAAAGCUGAUUGAAGGACAAGUCAUUGAAUUUGAAGAUGGGACCACAGCUUAUAUCCAUCAGGUGACAGUUCAGAAAGAGUCUGUGGCUUUGGAAGAUGGUCAGCCAGUGGUGCUGGAAGAUGGCAGCAUGGCCUACAUACACAGCACAGCUAAAGACGGUUACGAUCCUGGCACCUUCCAGGCCAUCCAGGUGGAGGACUGCACUGCCUACAUCCACCGUCCUGUCAUCGUAGCACCUGGCAGCACCAUCCUGGAAGUGCAGACAGGAACUGGGCUCGAGGAGUUAGCUGGGGAGGAGGAAGAUGAUGCCUUUGGUGUGGAGACCACGAAUGCAGUACAGCAGUACAGCAGUAAGGGGUCUGACAAGGAAGAGGAGGGAGUGACAGACACCUGCCUUAUGAACCCUACGGACUCCAGCAACGUCCCUUCUCAGGUACAUGAACGUGCUCACACAGGUGACCGGCCAUAUACAUGUGACUUCCCAGGUUGUGGGAAAGCAUUUGCUACAGGGUAUGGGCUGAAGAGCCACAUGAGAACACACACUGGUGAGAAACCAUACAAGUGUCCAGAAGAUAUGUGUAGCAAAGCCUUCAGAACCUCUGGGGAUCUACAGAAACACAUCCGCACACACACAGGUGAGCGUCCCUUCAAGUGCCCCUUCGUGGGCUGUGGCCGCUCCUUCACCACCUCCAACAUCCGCAAGGUUCACGUCCGGACGCACACGGGCGAGCGGCCGUACACGUGUCCAGAGCCCAGCUGCGGGAGGGGCUUCACCAGUGCCACCAACUACAAGAACCACAUAAGAAUCCACACAGGAGAGAAGCCAUACCUGUGCACUGUGCCAGGCUGUGGGAAGCGCUUCACGGAGUACUCCAGCCUCUACAAGCACCACGUGGUGCACACGCACUGCAAGCCCUACACCUGCAGCAGCUGUGGGAAGACGUACCGCCAGACCUCCACGCUGGCCAUGCACAAGCGCAGCAGCCACGGCAAGCUGGAGACCAUGGAGGACAGUGAGCGGGCCCUCUUUGAGCAGCUGAGGCUGGAAGUUGCUGCUGCUGACAGAGGCUGCCUGCUGAAGAGCCAGCAUAUUGCUUUCCUGUCGGAGAUGGAGGAAGAUGAAGAAGAUGAUGUUGAGCCUACACAGGUCUCACUUAUCUCUCAGGAUGGGACAGAGCAGGUCAGUCUGUCACAGGAAGAGCUGCGGGCCCUGGGCAGUGCCAUCAGUGUGGUGACACAGAGUGGGGCCCUUGCCGUGCCCAAGGGAGAGCUGGUGGGUGACACUCGCACCGUGACUGUGGCCAACACCCAUGGCACCGAGACACAGGGGGUGACCGUAGUCACUUCUGGGGCAGUCGUGUCAGAGGAAUCCGCCGUUGCCCCUCUCCAUCAUCAGCAGGUGGCAUUGCUGGCCACUGCCCACGGCACCCACAUCACUGUGCAGGUGCCCUGCAUACAGAGGACAGCACAGGGACGUGCUCCUGGGAUUGCAGAAUGCUCUCGUCUGGAAGAGCAGCAGAGCCUGGAGGAAGGCGUCAGCAUGGCUGCAGCAGUAAUCCCCUGUGGACCGGUGACGUCUGACACAGCCGUAUCUGAGAAAGGGAGCUGAAAGGGAGCUGAGGUCGGCAGAGCUGCUGGGGCAGGGGGAGAGGAGCCCUGGCCUGUCAUGGGUGGGGGCAGUGGGUGCUGCAGGGGGACACGGGGCAGGGACAUGUCUGAGCCAGCACCUGCCCCGCACGGGCCGGGAGGGCUGACAGGGCAGCGUGAGGCUGCUGAAGUGACCCCGUGCAAAGGGCUCUUCUCUCCAAGGAGGGAGGGCAAAGAUACUGGACUGCUGCCUUCUCCUGGAGGCUCUGCUGGAGCCUCUCCUGGGCUCUGAGCAGCAGCCCUGUUUUCAGAGAGGCACUUCCUGCCCUCUACCUCUAGGAAUAGUCCAACAGCUCCCCUUUCCUGUCCACCCCUCCAGCUCAGGGACAGGUGGGCAGCAUGUGUAUGGAAGCAACAAAGGCCCAUCAAAGCAAGCCCAGGCUGUCCUGGGCUUGGUUUCAAGGGUGACCAGUACCUGCCGUUGGAGCCAGUGCUCUGACAGCAGUUCUCCCAUCUCUUUGGCACAUUCCGCUCUCAAGCAAGCUUCCGUGGCUGAUUCCUUGGCUGCAGAGCAGAGCAGCCUGCACUUCUCGAGGGCUGAGCUAGACCUGAAUGUAAAUGUUGAGUUGAAAUAAAAAUAAAUUAACAAUGUUGUUUUUAAAA